GCUUCAAUACAUUAAUGCCAUGUUCUUCCUCCCAAACAGGUGAUUCUAAAUUAACAAAAUGUCUAGGAAAUUUUUUAAUUUUUCUGAUACUGAUGAGGGUAAUAAAAAAACAAAAUCCUAUAGGCACAUCAUUGUGGUAGUGUUAGUACUGUGUAUUUCCUUUGUUAUCGGACUUUUAAUUGGUCAUUUCGGAAUAGAAAAAGAUUCCAAUUCUUCAAAAGAAGGUACACAUAGUGGUGAUGGCGUUUUUCUUCCGGGAGUACCGGAAGCGAUUGUAAGAGACGCUGACCCGACUGUGAGUGAUUGGAUUUUGAAAGAACUAAAUGCAGAAAGGAUUCGGGAGAAUCUUAGGAACCUGGUAAGUAGUCCACAUGUAGCAGGUACAGCUCGUGACUUCGAACAAGCAAACGAUAUUCGAAAAUUCUGGUUGGACGUCGGCCUAGAUGUCGCUGAAACAACACCGUAUGACAUAUUACUGUCUUACCCAGAUGACGUCAAACCUAAUCUUCUUAAAGUUUUAAAUUCGACGUCAGAAAUAGUGCUGCAGUCUCCAGAUAACGAGCUUAAUUUGACAAGUGAAGAAAAACCUUGGGAUUUUCCUUUUCCGUAUCUCGGAUACUCUGGGAAUGGAACAGUCCAGGGACGCAUAGUUUAUGUAAAUUAUGCGCGGACGGAGGACUUUGAUUACCUAGAGGCAAAUAAAGUUGAUGUCAGUAGGUGCAUUGUUUUAGCACGAUAUGGUAAAGGUGGUCGCUCUGGAAAGGUAAAACGAGCCGAGGACAGAGGUGCUAUAGGUGUGAUCCUGUAUUCAGACCCCGCAGAUUACAUUGCUCCUUGGGUAUCGGACGAUUAUUACCCGGAUUCUGUAUGGAUACCGCCAACAGCGACCUCUCGUGGCAGCAUAUUUAGGGGGACCGGUGAUCCACUAACUCCCGGGUAUCCUGCCAUUGCGUCAGCAUAUAGGUAUGAUGAGACGGACGAAGAGUCACAACUACCUAUGAUACCUGCCAUGCCGAUAGGAUUUCAGUUUGCUGAGAAACUUUCUAGAUACAGUAGAUGGGGUAGGUUAUAUGACAUGAUGAUGGGCGGGGAAGAUGCGCCAAGUGGUUGGACUGGACGACUCUUGAACCAGACCUCGUACAAAAUUGGUCCUGGCUUUAACGACUCUUCAUUAAUGUUAGAGCUAAGUGUACACACAAGAAAUGAACGGAGAAUUUCUUACAAUGCAUUUGGAAUGAUACGAGGAGAGGUAGAGCCAGAUCGGUACGUAAUGCUUGGUAACCAUAGGGAUUCCUGGGUUUUAGGAGCCAUCGACCCUUCAAGUGGUACAGCUACAAUGAUGGAGUUAUCACGGGUACUAGGACAACUUGUCAAGGAGGGUAAAUGGAGGCCCCGUCGUUCUAUUAUAUUUUGUAGCUGGGGAGCAGAAGAAUUUGGGCUCAUUGGCUCGACAGAAUGGAUCGAGGAAAACAGCAAUGUGCUAGAUUUCCGAUCUGUGGCGUACAUUAAUAUGGACAUAGCAGUCACUGGAAAUUAUUCUAUUCGUGGUCUUGGAAGUCCUCCAGUUUUCUCCGCCAUGUAUCGAGCAGCACAAAAGGUUCCAAAUCCAAACACGAGCGAUACCGAGCACCCAACGGUUUACGACACAUGGAAGGCGAGGAGAACGCUAAAUAACCCGGAGGAUGGUUCCAGUCUUAAUAUUCCAAAAAUCAGCUCUCCUGGUGCUGGUAGUGACUAUGGUACGUUUCAGAUACGAGCUGGUAUACCUUGUGCAGACUUUCGAUAUGAUCAAGACUAUGCAGGGGAGGGAAUCCUGUUUUACCCUCUUUACCACACGAGUUACGAGACUUUCUACGCCGUAGAUGAACUGAUUGAUCCAGGAUUUGUUUUACACUCUACGAUAGGGAAGAUGUCUGGCGAACUUCUCAGGGACCUUGCCGACUCCAAGAUUAUACCUUUCAAUAUGUCCGACUACGGACUGUUUCUAGAGCAUUAUACUUAUGCCAUGGAGAAAAAUGCGUCCCAGGAGAUUAUAGACUACAAUAUAAAUAUAACUGAGCUCCAUCGAGUGAUCGACUUGUACAAAGAGGAAGCGGUCAAUUUUCACAAAAUUGCUAACAAUGUUAAUACCAACAACCCCGUCGACGUAAGGCGGAUUAAUGACCAGAUGAUCCAACUUGAGAGAACGUUUCUUGAUCCAGCAAGUUUGCCAGGUCGGACACAGCUUUACAGACAUUUGAUUCACUCCACGCCGCAAAACAGCGCAAUUCCCGAGGCAAGUUUUCCGGGGAUGCAAGACGCUAUAUACAAGCUACGUCAAGAACCCGACAACCCUGAUUUUAUACGGGAACUUCAGCACCAUUUCUCCGUGCUUGUCUUCACAAUCCAGGCAGCUGCUUAUAGUCUUAAAGAUUCAACCGAGUUCUUCCGAAAUACCAUGUAAAGAAACUUUUUCCGGGAUUGUUGGAAAAAAAACCUGCUUGAUUUAGCUCGGCUCAUUAUACAGAUUUGGCUGUACGUGUGGCUUGCAGUAUACCUUUUGUGAAACGUAUUUUCUCUUUUUUUAUUUUCAACCAAAAUGUAUUUAGAAGUUUCAUUUUAAUUUUAAUCAUUUGUAGAUAUACUGUUAAUGAUAAUUAAAAUAAUGUAAGA